AUGGCCGCCAACAAGUUCUGCACGAGGAAUAUUUUCAUCCUGGGACUGCUCGGAUUCCUGGCAGUCCUGGCGUCCUUCCUCUUCACCAGUCUCUUGAGGGAUGUCCUGGUCGAAUCCUUGAAGGACCAACAUCCUGCGGUGGCCGAGGAAUGCAUCUCGACGAUAAUCACGACCGGCGUGACAUUGAGCUGCAUGUCACUCGUCACGUUCCCCGUCCUGAUGGUCGGCAUACACAAGCUCAAGACUUGGAUGGUACUUCCUUGGUCUUUGGUCACCGGGUUCCAGACUUUAGCAGGUGGAGUUGUGCUUUGGUACUUGGUCUUCCAGACAUCUAAUGCGACACUCAUCGAAUGCCUUAGUUUAUACGCCCUGGUAGCCUACAGCUUCAUAGUGGUAAAACAGGGAUAUUUCAUUCCCUCUCUCCCUCCCUUUCUGUCUCCAGUUUUCCUCAUCCCAGAGUUGGCAGAACUGCCGGGCAUUCCCCACCGCAACUGGAGGUCAGUCGACUGCGAACUAUUCGCCAUGAGAGAACUCAAGUGCCUGACGGUCUACCUCACCGUAGUCCUCUGGAUUGUCUUCUAUAUAUCGCUCUACCUCUUCGGUAACUUCUUCUACAAGGUCAUCCAGGAGUCCUUCGGUAACGAAGAGUUGCCCAUACCUUCGGAUGGACUCCGAAGACCGGUGAUAAUGGCCUUCUACUGCUUGACAUUCCUCUCCAUCGGCACCUACGUUGUUUUCAUGAUGGGUAUCUACAAGCUCAACACUCGCCUCAUGCUGCCUUGGGCGCUGGUCAUCGGCUUCAAGUGUAUCUUCGGUGGUGUCCUGCUCAUCUACGCAUCUUCCUACGUCACAGCUGGGACUCUCUUGGAGGGUAUGUUCUACUACUCGACGGCAGUCAUCAGCUUCGUAGGUAUCUACUAUGUUUACCUUAAAAUCAUCGCUGUUAAAAAGAUCGUAGAAGACAGAACGGCGAUCGUUGACAAUGUCUCAGUAAUAUCAUUGACAACUGAUGAAAAACCUAAGACAAUCGUAUGAUAAGACUGCUUAGCCUUAAUCAUUAUAAUCAAAUUUCUAUAAAUUUUAUUUCAGGAAAUAUUUAAAUAAAUUAUUGCGGCUGUGAGAGAAAGCUGUUUUAACUAUGUUGCUGUAACGUGCAGUGUAAGCAUUUAUUUAUAAUAAUAAUAGCUAGACCAAAACUGUAUAAAUAAUUAUAGAAAUAUUGUUAACAUAUAAAAUAAAGCUUACAAAUCUGAAGAGUUCUACUGUGCUCAGGUGAAAAGAAAACAAAUACCUGUAACAUAAAAAAAUAAUAUAUAUUAUUUUAAUAUUGAAUAAUAAUAAAAAGAUUUUUUAAUAAAUUGUU